AUGUGCGGAAAAAAAGCGGAGCCCACAUACUUUCGAGAGCCCCGCACGCUCUCCGGGCUAUGCAGGGCUGUGCGGGGCCGCGGGGACUGCUCGGAACGCAGCGCCCCCGCCGGAGCCUCCCCGUCCCCCGCCGCCCGACGCGCUGGGGACCGCGGCGAGGUCGCGCGGGGAGAAGGCAGGUACUCACCGCGCCCGGCGGGCUCCUCGCCCCCGGCCGUGGACGCCUCCCGGGGGCAGCAACCUGCGCGGCGGCCUGCGACCCUCCACGACCCUCGCCCGCCACCGCCCACAGCAGCCGCAGCUAGGGCUGGGCGCUCGACCCGGAGCAGCAGGAGCAGCUGUGCCCGCUGGAGGGGUGGUGGCUCCCGACGGGCCGGGCCAUUCGCCCUCCGCGCCCGGGGGUGCGCGGCGUGCGGGGAGACGCGGGCAGCAGUUGGGAGGAACCAAGUUGAGGGGGAUCCUCGGUUCCGGGCUCGUGGAGGCCGUGGAGGUGGGGACCAUCGCGGGAGACGCUGCAUGACUUGGCUGGGACCUGGUGACAGUGCUCGGGCUUUUCCGGGACCCCCUUCUCGCCGGGAGCCUUGGUCCCGCUCGGGCUCCUUUAGAACGCGGCAAACAGAGGACCUAGCAACCUCGCGCCCGGGCGGGUCCAGCUCUGGAGAUGCGCAGGGACUCGGGCCUCCACCCCCCGGUCCUAGCCUGUGUCCAUGACAGCUUGGCCCAAAAAAGUAGGGCGUCCAGAAUCUUUGAAGGGGUUCUUCGGAUCUCUGAUCUAAGCAUCUUUGAGUAGCAGGGGAUGAAAGUGUAUCCGAGGCCACCUUGAAAGUUAGAAAAUAAAAUCAGAAAAACAGUUGGAACAGAGUUGGCAGC